AUGAUCAAUCCAUUAAAUAAACCAGUUUUAGGUACUAGAUUAAUGAAUUCAGUAUUCUUUCCAAAUAUUAAACUUCAAGUAAUUAGAAAUAGUGGCAAAACUUUUGAAAAUACUAAUAAAAUUAUGUUCAAAACCGAUUGUUCAGUUGGUAAAACUGAUAUUAAAACAUAUAUGAAAGCUUUGUAUGAUGUAAAUGUGGAUAAAGUUAAUACAAUCAAUGUUCAAGGUAGAAUUAAAUCAAAAACUAAAGGUCUUCAAAAACGUUCAAAAUUAAAUUCUAAAUAUAAAACUCCUGAUUAUAAAAAAGCAAUCAUCACUGUAGAUCCAUCUUUAAGAGCUCAAUUAUCAAGAGGAAAGAAUUAA